AUGGCUCAAAUGAAGGUCGAUUUGUUUUUUGUAUGUAACGUUGUUAUGGCAGAAUUACAAGCUCCGGAUCACGGUAUCGUUAUAGAGGAGACUUCCGGCGGGGCGGCCUCCAGACGGAUUUCCACACACGAUGAUUACGUCCAUCUUACUUUAUCAGACUUUAUUAAUGCGGAGAACAAUUAUUCUCCCUUCAGUAAUUUACUUCGAUGUGUUGUCAAGUCCACGGAUUUUCGUAGCAAACUCGCCGACAACAUGAGAGUUAUUCUAGCCGUGGUCCUGUUUGUGACUUUGAUAUAUCCGGCAAGUGGGGGAUGGUAUGAUUGGGUCGCGUUUUACAACUAUCUGUACAACGAAAUAUCGGGAGUAAAAGCUGAAGUCAUCACGCUUCAAAAUUCUCACGCCACCUGUACAUGUACCCCGCCGGCAGCUGAGAAGGGGGACUUAGGUCCCACAGGGCCAGCUGGAGGCAACGGCCCACAAGGGGCGUCUGGGGAUGUUGGUGCUCAAGGACCACAGGGAGAUAAGGGUAUAAAAGGAACUAAGGGAUCGGCGGGGCCUAGUCUCCCGGGCCCUCCAGGUCCCCUAGGUCCUCCUGGUCCAAAAGGAAAUAAAGGUACUAAAGGAGAUCCCGGACCUCCGGCAGAUAAAGGUGUCAUGGGUCCUACCGGGCCAACAGGUGAUACAGGAGACGCUGGAGAGAAGGGAGAUAAAGGAGCAGUUGGUUCUGGAGGAGGUGUGGGUCCUGUAGGACCUGCAGGGGAGCCUGGUCCUGCAGGGGCUAAAGGAGACACCGGUGAUAAGGGACAAAAGGGAGAACUAGGCCCUAAAGGUGAAAAAGGUAUUAAAGGUGACGUGGGACCUACGGGCCCCGCUGGGGCCGCAGGAACUAAAGGAACCAAAGGUGAACCGUCCACAGACAAAGGAGAUAAUGGGGCGCAGGGAUCAGGGGGGGCUACUGGUCCUGGCACUCCGGGAUCACAAGGACCAGGGGGUGAUCCAGGAUCUUCUGGUAGUUCAGGAAGUAAGGGAAUUAAAGGCGAUCAAGGACAAAAGGGAGAUCUAGGAGAUACAGGCGAUAAAGGAAGCAAGGGCAGUAAGGGUGCUAAAGGGGCCACAGGCAGCGCUGGGGAUACAGGGGAUCCCGGUCCAGCGGGACCAAAAGGAGAGCCUAGUGGUCCUUCAGGCGACAAGGGAAGCAAAGGCGCUAAAGGGGACAAGGGUGAAGUAGGCAUUGUAGGCGAGAAGGGAGCGAUUGGACUUGUACAGUAG